CCCUUCCGUCCCUGUCUCUCCCUCUAUUAUUCUGCGCUCGCUUCUCGCAGUGUAAAAUGGCGGCGUUGAGCAGCGCCGAGUCCCCACCGCCCGUCUUCAACGGAGACGCCAUGGACCCGGAGCGGGAGCCGGAACGGGGGCUGCACGGACUCGGCGCCGGACUGGAGCCCGUGUGCUCUGAGGGGGUCCCGGACAGCCACCAGGACAUUCCGGAGGAGAUAUGGAACAUCAAGCAGAUGAUAAAAUUGACACAGGAGCACCUAGAAGCACUUCUUGACAAGUUUGGUGGUGAACACAAUCCACCCUCCAUAUACCUGGAGGCCUAUGAGGAGUACACCAGCAAGUUGGAUGCCCUACAACAGCGAGAGCAGCAGCUACUGGAGGCCAUUGGGAAUGGCACCGACUUCUCCUGCCCCUCUCCUGCACCUGCACUCCUGGAUGUUAAGAUUGGUGGUGCUCAGGGUUUCCCUGCAGCCCCCACCACUUUGGCCGUCCUCCAUACACCUGUUGACCCCUCCCGCAAUAACCCCAAAUCCCCACAAAAGCCCAUCGUGAGGGUCUUCCUGCCCAACAAGCAGAGAACAGUGGUCCCUGCUCGCUGUGGCAUGACUGUCAGAGACUCGCUGAAGAAGGCCUUGAUGAUGAGGGGGCUUAUCCCAGAAUGUUGUGCUGUCUACAGAAUACAGGACGGGGAAAAGAAACCGAUUGGCUGGGACAUGGAUAUUUCUUGGCUCACUGGGGAGGAGCUGCAUGUAGAGGUUUUAGAAAAUGUGCCACUGACAACGCACAAUUUUGUGCGAAAGACAUUCUUCACGCUGGCAUUCUGCGACUUCUGUCGGAAGCUGCUGUUCCAAGGCUUCCGCUGCCAGACAUGUGGGUACAAGUUCCACCAGCGCUGUAGCACCGAGGUUCCGCUCAUGUGUGUCAACUACGAUCAGCUGGAUUUACUUCUGGUAUCCAAGUUCUUCGAGCAUCAUCCUAUCAUGCAGGAGGAGACGUCAUCAGAAGGCACCACACCUGUGUCUGAUUUGUGCCCAUCCAUGCCUGCUUUGGACUCAGCUGGGUCUCCUUGCCCCCCGUCCCCCUCUCCAUGCCCCCAGUCCACCAAGUCCAUCCCCAUCCCACAGACCUUCCGUCCUGGUGACGAGGACCACCGUAACCAAUUUGGCCAGAGGGACCGCUCUUCCUCUGCCCCCAAUGUCCACAUCAACACUAUUGAGCCUGUUAACAUUGAUGACCUUAUUCGAGAUCAGGGGUUGCAGAGGUCAGAUGGAGCCCCCCCAGCCCAACCAGCUCGCUGCUUGAGGAAGCACCGAACCCGGACCUCAAGUCCCCUCCUAUACUCCUACCCCAAUGACAUUGUGUUUGAUUUUGAGCCUGGUCCUGUGUUUCGAGGCUCCACGACAGGACUGUCAGCCACACCUCCAGCCUCCCUCCCUGGUUCACUGACCAAUGUGAAGGCACCACAGAAGUCUCCAGGGCAGCAAAGGGAGCGCAAGUCCUCAUCUUCCUCUGAGGAUCGCAAUAAAAUGAAGUCUUUGGGCCGACGGGACUCAAGUGACGACUGGGAGAUCCCCGAGGGCCAGAUUACGCUGGGUCAGAGAAUAGGCUCUGGGUCCUUUGGGACUGUCUACAAGGGCAAGUGGCAUGGUGAUGUGGCUGUGAAGAUGCUUAAUGUUACAGCUCCAACUCCUCAGCAGUUACAGGCCUUCAAGAAUGAAGUCGGGGUGCUCAGGAAAACACGACAUGUGAACAUCCUGCUAUUCAUGGGCUACACCACCAAGCCUCAGCUGGCCAUUGUGACGCAGUGGUGCGAGGGCUCCAGCCUCUAUCACCACCUACACAUCAUCGAGACCAAGUUUGAGAUGAUAAAGCUCAUCGACAUUGCCCGGCAGACUGCACAGGGCAUGGACUAUUUGCAUGCCAAAUCCAUCAUUCACAGAGACCUAAAGAGCAACAACAUCUUCCUGCAUGAAGACCUGACAGUGAAGAUAGGUGACUUUGGCCUGGCCACAGUGAAGUCGCGCUGGAGCGGCUCACAUCAGUUUGAGCAGCUCUCUGGUUCCAUCCUGUGGAUGGCCCCAGAAGUGAUACGCCUGCAGGACAAGAACCCCUACAGCUUCCAGUCAGAUGUGUAUGCCUUUGGCAUUGUGCUCUAUGAGCUCAUGUCAGGGGCUCUACCAUAUUCCAACAUCAAUAACCGAGACCAGAUCAUCUUCAUGGUAGGAAGGGGCUACUUGUCCCCAGACCUUAGCAAAGUGCGCAGCAACUGUCCCAAGGCCAUGAAGAGGCUGAUGGCUGAAUGCCUGAAAAAGAAAAGAGAGGAACGGCCACUGUUCCCCCAGAUCCUCGCCUCCAUUGAACUGCUGGCACGGUCGCUACCCAAGAUCCACCGCAGCGCCUCUGAGCCUUCGCUGAAUCGGGCUGGCUUCCAGACGGAGGACUUUAGCCUGUACACUUGCGCCUCCCCCAAGACCCCUAUCCAGGCUGGAGGAUAUGGGGAAUUUUCAGCAUUCAAGUAGAAGAGAAGAUUCCACUUGUUCAUCCCUCAUCACU